CUAACCCGCCUUCCUUGUUAAUCAUUGACAGCUAGGAGACAGCGUAACGCUUUGCGGAUCGAGUGCUCAGAAGAACAGAGGCUGACUUUGCGAGCAGAAGAUUUGCUUCUUAAACCCUGCAAGCAUUUGUACUAUAAGUUGUCUCAUUUUUCUUGAACCAAUCGAUAUAAGGAUCUGUAAGAGAUGGCUAAAGAUGGAGUAAUCCCACUAUCCCCUGGAAGAAAAACUAGAUCUUCAUCGCACUUAUCACCUUCCAAGCCCUCACCCCAGAAUGUAUGUCCAUUCUCUUCACAAACCCAAUCCGAAGAACUAAUCCAUUGCCUGUACUGCUCAGAAGAACCCAUCAGUUUGGCAACCCUAAUCUCAUCACUUCCCGGAAGAAAGCAGCAAAUUCUUGAGAUUCUGCGGCUAGUGGGCUCCUUGAACUCCCCCAUGUACCCUCUCCUCAUCUAUGGAGGACCAUCAAAUGGCAAGACCAUCUCCAUUCUUCAAAUUUUUCGUUAUCUCAAUCGGCCUUUUGUUUACGCUGGUUUUCGAACAUGCUACUCCCCACAAAUACUCUUUGAUUCCGUUCUGAGGCAAUUGCUUCUCCACGGGAGGAAUCCCAUCAAAGGAAAUAGUGGAACCAAGCGAUGUGAAAAGCUAUCAGAAUUCAUUGAUUUACUUAGAACUGCUUUGGUUCAGGCGAUAAAUGCUCUUAGGGAAAGGAAUAUAAAAUCGGGUUUUGAGGAGGUUGAUAGAGGUGAAAUGAUCUACUUGAUAUUUGAUAACUUUGAGCUACUUCGCUCAUGGGGCAAGAAUUCUAACAUUGUCCCUCUGCUUUUGCGAAUCCAUGAGAUCUUAAAAAUUCCUGAAGUUGGCAUAAUUUAUAUAAGUAGUUCUACUCCUGAUGCACAUUAUUUGUGUACUGGGUCAAUUGAGCCGAUAACGGUCUACUUUCCUGACUAUACAUUGGAGGAUCUACAUAGUAUAUUCAUGAGGAAUCAACCUAACCCAAAGCUCUACUCAUCUUUUCUAAGUGUGGUUCUGAAGCCAUUCUUUAGAGUCACCAGACGAGUUGAUGAGUUGUCAGUGGCAUUUCAACCUCUGUUUCAGAAAUACUGUAAACCUUUAGUUGAUCAAUCUGUUGUUCCAGAUGAGGCUAUGAAGAGAAAACUUUUUGAUAACCUUCAGUCAUACCUGACUGUAUCACUUAAUGAUUUCUUCAUGAUCCUGAGCCGUUCUUCACAUCAAAUUGAGCAAGAAGGAGAUCGCCAAAAGAAGGGAAUUAGGAAGUCAAAUAGAAAGGAGGCAUCUAAUGAGUUGGAUUUUCAUAUGUCCAUGUCAGCCAAGUAUCUGCUCCUCUCUGCAUUUAUUGCUUCAAGAAAUCCUGCUACUCUCGAUGCAUCUUUAUUUGACUCUUCAGGAGGUUUAAUCAAUCGGAAACGAAAUAAGAAUUCACAGAUGUCAAUGGAUCGAAAGGAUAGAAUGGCUGAAGAAAUACUAUUGAAGGGACCUGGUAGCUUCCCACUCGAGAGGUUGCUAGCGAUUUUUCAAUGCAUUACCUCAGUUGUUGAGAGUAUGGUUGAAGAAGAGCAGUGUGAAAAUGGCUCUGCCAUUAAAAGUGAAAGUGUUGGGUUGACAUCUGAUGUUCUGUUGCAAUUAUCUGCUCUCUGCAAUGCCAAUUUUAUAUGCAAAAAUGGUAGCUUCCCUUUAGAAGGUUCUACUAGAUACCGAUGUACUACUGAUGAGGAAAUGGCUGUAAGGGUUGCAAAAAGUAUAAAUUUCCCUCUAUCGAGUUACCUUUAUAGAAGAUAGUCUUGGGAGUGAACAUCAUGCGCUGGUUUGUAUCAAGUAUGAUUUCUUGAAACGUUUAUCUGCAAGAUUGUAAACUUGAAAUGGUUAAAUGGGGAAAGGUAUAUGCUUUCAGAAUGCACUCAAGCAAAUUUUAAUGGUGCUACAAGUUUGAAGGCGAUUUGUGAGUUAAUACUGAUUUGUAAGGUUUGUUGGGAUCCAGAAAUUUACAUGCCCAUUUACUCAGAGCCAAGGUAUGAGAAUUGAGGUGGUCUACUGUUUUUCGCAUUUGAAGGAUCAGCGUUAGGUGACAGUGAGGUUAUUUAUAUGUGCAUGUUCUGUUGAGUUUGGGAGGUUCACGUGAAUUUGCUAAAGCAGUUGUCGCACAUUGCCUGGGAAUCACCAUCUUUUGAAUCCCAGCUCUUCUACUGGCGACCGCUUUGUGGCUAAUGCAAACGAUAAAGCGGACUUCUUCAAUGAGCAAAAUGUGCUUCUUUAUGAUUGAAUAAAGAAAUCUCUUUUGUUAAAGGCCAAAGGUUUCUCCAAAGUAGAAGGCUCUCGAAAUUAUUUUGUGCGGACACCGGAUGGUUCAGAGAUCAACUAGAAUGUCACCUGGUACUCAGCAUCGGUACCAAUCAAAAAAGUGACGUGGCACGUUUUGAUUGGCCUCUGGAUGGCGUCCGUUGUCCUCACAGAAUACUUUAUCUGCCCAAAGAGUCUAAGACUUCGUUUGGGACAGCUUUCUUAUUGUUUCUUAAAGCAGUUUUUUAAUACAACAAAUAAUUUUUUCCCACGACAGAGAACUAGAGGAAACUCGGGAGGCGGCUAGAGUUUCUCUCAAGCUAUCAAGUUUACCAUGAUAAUUAACAGUCCAUAAAUGAUAUAUGUAAUAUCACUAAAUUUGUAUAUAUAGUGUGUAAGUUUGUAAUUUCAUUCCCUUGAAAUUUAACAUAUUUUAUAAAAUUGUAAUUGGAUCGUAUAGAAUAUAUGAAUGAG